AUGGGAAAAAAUUUCCAGCACUUAGGGACUUGGCAAUUGGAAGCUGGAAGCCAAGAAUGUCAAGAAAGUGAAGAUGUAAAGAAUGACUUUGAUGUUUUUAACUUGGAUGACUGUGUACUUGGGACAUCCCCACUGCAGUGGAGAGAACAAGGCAAGGAGCAGAUUCAGUUCACCCUGCCACCUGCAAUCAGCCAGUUUCAGCGGCAGAAGAGGCCACAGAAACUUCUUUUAGCGCCCCUGGGCAGAAGCAUGCACUGCUUUUCCUUCUUGCUCUGGGCGUUGACACUGAGACAGGCUUCCGGCGCUGCCAGAGGAGACAUGACAGGGAGAAUUUUAACAGCGGGAAACUUUUCUGCAGAGGAAGGUGGCUCUGUAACCUUCCAUUGCCGUUUGUCAUACACCAAUGCUAAUGUGACUCAGAUCCACUGGGAGCAGCAGGACCAACUCCUGGCAGUUCAUCAUGCUAAGCUGGGGUGGCACAUCCCUUCCAACUUCAGGGAUCGAGUGAGCCCAGGUCCCAACCUGGACAUCACCCUCCACUCGCUGGUCAAGAACGACACAGGGGAAUAUUUCUGCACAUUUUACACCUACCCUGAUGGGAUAUACAAAGGGAGACUCUUUCUGGAGGUCCUACAGAGCUCAGUGGCUAAGCACAGCACUGUAUUCCAGAUGCCAUUUCUUGGAGUCUUGGCCACACUACUGGUGGUCAUCUGCGUAGCAGUUAUUGUGGUGGCUGUACAGUUCAUAAAGAACAAGCUAUUCGGAACCCAUUCUGCAAGAAAUGAUCUCAGGAGGAUGGCAUCUGAACACGAGCCAUGGAACCCCAGCAUUCCUUCAAGCCCUGGAACCUGGGCCACUGACAGCCCCUGUGGAGAGCAGGGGGACGAGCACUAUGCUGACCCGCAUGACUACUUCAACGUCCUGAGUUACAGAAGCCUGGGGAGCCUCAGCUACUUGGCAGAGACUAGUUAG